GGUACUUUGUUUUAAUUGACGUUCCGGGGAGAUGUUUGCCUUGUGACCUUUUGGUAAUGUUUGUAAUGGCGUUGGAUUUUAUUCCUAUUGUGUAUUUAACUUUUGUUUGGGAUCUAAAAUCUUAGUUGAUACAAUAUAUCUGUUUUGCUCAAGCAAUCAUGGACCCCUACAGCCCAUCACACCCCACCGAUCAAGAUAUGGACUUAGAGUCUAAUUCUCCAGCUACUCCAGAACAGGAUGCCAAUCAAAAUCAGCUACCUGCUGACCAAUCACUUAGUGAUGUUGUACCGUUACUCUUUAAUUCUGAUGCUUUUGCUUGUACUCACGACGUGAAUAAUAUCCAACCGAACCCUGAUAUGGAUACGUUGUAUGAUCAAACGGAGGAUGAUUUACGUGCGAUGUCAGGAUCGGAGGACAGGCAGUGUGUAACAGCCCAUUCUGUGGAGCCCGUAAAGGAAAAUAGUCCCGAGGUUCCAAAGCCAGAUGACUCUCGACCGCAAGUGAGGUCUUCGGAUACUCACAAACGGUCCUCUCAGCUGCAUCGCCACAGAAGUAGAUCACGCUCCCGGAAAAGAGUUGAAAGUCGACUUGAUGACAAAAAGAGUAGAAGAUCGCGGUCCUCUUCCAGACAUCGUGUCCACAAACACCGUUCGAGAUCACGUUCUAAUGAUCGUAGACGAAACCGAUCCAGAACACCACCACGUCGUUCCCGCAAUAAUGAUCGCAUACCUGGUCCACGUUCCCGUUCUAGGUCUCCAGCUAAGUCGAGAAGAUCCGGUAAUGAGAGGCGACCUUCUCGCUUUUCCGAUGAGCCGAUACCGAUACGCAAAACUAAGGACAGUUACGCUCCCCAUUUAGAUAACCGAUGCAAAGAACCUGACGUUAUCCCAUGGGACCCACCAAAGUCAAAAGAAGAAGCACCUGUCUCUGAUGCGAUCGCGGAGAGUGAAAUUAACAGCUCUCCACCCGAAGCAGCUCAGCUGAAUGUUACACCGAGUGCUGGUACUAACCUGUUUCUCCCGAAUCAGUCCCAAACAACUGUACAACCAAUAAAUAGGUGGCAAAGUACUGUUUGCAACAAUCCCACAUUCUUGUCUAGAGUUCCGCAGGUUAAUUUUAGUCCCGUGCGUUUUCCUCAAGCUAACUAUGGAAUAAUGGGGAUUCCUAACUCAACAUUUCCGUCAGGUUUAAUGCCCUACGCCGGUGCUCAUAUGCCUCCAAAUUUCAUGCAGCCACCACCUAUGAUUGUUCCCAGGGUAAACCCAACCAUGCUUCCUGGGACAAAUACUGUGUUCCCUGGCCAGUGUCUGCAGUCAGUGCCAAGUUUGCCGAUAGUCAUACCAGGCUCUGCGUAUCAAACAACGGCUCCGCCACCACCUCCUCCUCCCCCACCACCACCCCCGCCUACAUUUGCGCAGCAGAUGCAGACCCCAACUUCCAAUCUGCUGGAAACAUUGAUGAGUAGAGCUGGUUUGCCUUGUAACACGCUCAGCGAUUUAAGCAAAAAUAAAGCAAAUGAGAAACCAGAAUCAGCGUUUGAAAGUUCACCGAUAAAACAAAUCAAUAAGCUACUGAGUUCAGCUGCUAGUUCUCUCCUGAACCAGCUAACCGGUGCUCAAAAGAGUGAAAUGGAUACGUCUUCUUCCGACCCACUGCCACCCCCUCCUCCACCCCCUCUUCCGUUCCGACACAAUAGUGAGCUAGUACCAUCAACUACUUCCAGUUCAUCACAUGGUUUCGUCCCUCCCCCUCUCCCAGUGAUUGAUUCUAUAUUUUCUAAUGACGGGUUUGGGGACGAGAUGCUGCCAAAUGGUGCCUGUGGACAAAAUAAAAAAGAGGUCAAGAAACCCUUUGGUGACAUGAGGAUCGAAGAAGUACUGGCAAAGCGCAAGAGAUAUGAUUUUACCUCUCGCCGAGAAUGGCAAGAGCGCAUCGCUCUAGAAGUUAAGUCAGUGCUAAAGCCUGCAUACUUUCUACGUCGGAUUAACAAAGAGGACUACAAAGAAAUUAUGAAAAAAGCUGUUACAAAGGUAAGAUACACCGUUAACAUGAUUUUAUCUGGUUGUAGAUUUCGCGAAGUGGUACUUCGUCAAUUAAUACUGAGAAAAUAAGUACGUUUGUAAAACUGUAUAUUGAGAAGUACCAUCGGAUGCGUAAAAUAAAAACCCAAGCAGCUGCAAAACAAACUGUACAGUAAAAAUUACUAUUUUGAUUUCCUUUUUGUAAAUUGUACAUAAAAUAGAUUACCUAAUAUACGCUCAUCGAUCUCAUCCUUUU